UUGUGGAAGAGAGAACGGCAGGCAGUUUCCAGACCUGGGCUGCUGGUGUCAGAGCAGGAGGGAAUUCUCUCAUUGGUCCUCUGGGGUCCGUACAUCAACCGGAGGCAUUUCACUGCUAUGCAAGGAUGCUCAAAGACCGCCGGUCGCCUCUUCUCGUCGCAGGGGAGGGUUUGCUUGGCAGUCCUGGGCUGAGCAAGUUCUGAUCGGAAUCCUAGCCUCCUUGGUCUACUGGCCUGAUCCAGGGUGCAUGAGAAAGAAUCACUCUCUGUCUAGCAGUGGCUCAUACGGGACAUCAGGUAUAAAAUGAUGGUAGCAGUAGACAAAACCCCUGAUGCGGAAAGACAUAAACCAUGGAAGGACCAACACCAGAGCCUCCCUUUGUCGACGUGGACAAAGGACUCACACUAGCAUGCUUCGUCUUCCUUUGCCUUUUCCUGAUCGUCAUGAUUAUCCGUUGUGCCAAAGUCAUCAUGGACCCAUACAGUGCCAUCCCCACGUCCACGUGGGAAGAGCAGCACCUGGAUGACUGACCGGGGAGAUCGGGGAAAUGGCAGGCAAGGAGAACGCAGUACCGUGGGCCCAACCACAUGCUUGCGCAAGGCAGCACAACAUGGAUCUCCGCCUCAUUCGGACGAGGGUGCAAAAUAUGCUACCGCUUUUUUCCCCCCUGGAUACGCCGGACAGCAUAGAUUCCUUGGGAAGCUCCAUUGGUUAGGUUAAGAGUUUCCGGCGUAUCAGCCUGGAUGUGUCCUUGUGCCGUCCUUCUUCCAGUAACCUCCAGGUUUUAAUGAGAAAAUGAUUAUGAUUAUAGAUCAAGUAGCACAAGGGCUCUCUAGGCACUAGGCAUCCUGGCCAAGCUUUUUCGAGCAGAAUCUCAAUUAAGCACCUUCUCGCCAUCAAAAUCAAUAUUAUUUUUAAUCGUAAUGACAAAUGCCCCCUACAAAGGUGUCGUGGAUGCGAGACCUAGAUCCUUGUGUGUGAGGGGCAAUUGUAGCAGUAGCGUUAUUUUAAUCAGGGUUAGCCAUAAAAGACUGAAGGUGUUUUCUUAAAUCAUAACAGCUGUACGAUUCUAAGGUUGAUUAAAGAUCAGUGUGGUAGCAGAUGUAUAAGAUAUGAGAGAGCCUGUUCCUUCUGUUUCUUUUAACCUAAUCAUUAACUACAGUGUGAGGUUGUGGAAGGAGAGGAGAGAGUGGUGUCAAGUCUCACAUGGCUUUGGACAGGGGUCGUUCCAAGGGUAACGGAAUCAGGCAUGUUACCACUGUGUUGAUGUCUGUAGCCAUAAACAGUUUUUCAAGAUGAUAUUAUCUAUACUCACUAGCAAGAAAAGGUCUACCAUAAGGCCAUAUUUUCUUUUUUAAAACCCUUAGAUAUAGAUGGUGUCUAAAACAUGCAAAAUGCAUUGGUAAUGAUAUUAGAAUUUUUGGAUAUUGUUUCUGUUUCCAUUACCAACAUAUUAAAUAUAUAUACUGGCAAAAGAACAUCUAUUAUAAGGCCAUCUUUUUACAAAACCAUCACAUAAUAUAGAUAGUAUCUGAAACAUGCAAAAUAUGUUGGUAACAGAAUCAGCAUCUUUGGACAUUGUUUCUGAUUCCAUUUACUGACUUAUUUUGUACAUUUCAGACGCUUUCUGUAAUAUCCAAGGGUUUGUAAAAAUAGAGUCUUAUAGUAGGAAGUGUUAUCUUGCUUAUACACAUACACACACUAUCAGCUUGAAAAUUUGCUUAUGACUACAGUCAUCGGAAAAGUGGUAACAUACCUGAUUCUGUUGGAAUUGCCCAUAGGUUGUAUGUGAGAAGCUGUACAUUGGAAAGUAAAACUGUCGACCAGAGGCUCUUCUGCUGUCCAAAUCCUAUCAGCCCCACUGCAAUAAAUUGCCGGAGAACCUCAGGUUAGAUUAGGGGUGGACAGAUCUUUGGAUUUAUGGUCUAUAUCUUGGUGUUUUGUUUUUUUUAAGAAUUGGAACUCUGAGUUCCACCAACCAGAGUCAGGUCCAUAUUGGGUGAUUCUGGAGGGGCAGAUAUACACUCAGAAUUUGAGUCCAUGCUCAGCCUAGGAAUAUGCCAUAAGUAUCAGAUUUGAGCACACAGUCCUUUCACACACAAACAUACUCCUGAUUUCCUUCAAGCUUUGUUCCUGCAAAUUAGUUUAGAAAAAAAUUGUUACUGUUGGUAAACACUCGGGAGUCAGAAAGAAACCACUGCCAGUCUUCCGCAGAUCGCCAAGGUCCUUCCAGACAGCAAUAAGCUGCGUGACGUGAGACACUUGCACAUAUGUUCCAAGCACAAGUUUAUUCAUGCUCCACACAUCCCCACAGGUUUCUGUAUUCCCCCUGCCCACCCCCCCCCCCGCCACACACACUUAUCAGAAAGUUGUAAUCAGUUCUUCAUGGAAAGUAAGAGCCGGCCAGCAGGUGGCGCUGCAAAAUUGUGCAAAGACCUUGCUCUGUGUCUGAACAGCAUGUAAAUUCGUGCUGGGAAGGAAGAUGGAAGCUUAUGGGAGUGUGCGGAAUUGGAGUAGACUCACACCUGGAAUUCUAUGCAAGCUUCUCAUGUAAUGCAACUUACUGCCAUCUGGAAGAACCCCCAGGAGAUUCUGAAGUACUGUCUGCCUGUCCCCAGUCUGGGGCUAGUUUGAACAAUAUUUUGUUCAUAUUCCCACACACAUGUGAUAAGGAUUUGUGUACAUUGUGUGAGCUGCGUCUUUCUCCCCUUCCGUUGCACUGUCCUUUGGGGCCAAUGGGAGGACAGCCACUGAAGUCAUGAGUCUGUUGGCAGUGCAAAGCAUGCUGGGAUGGCAUACCCUCCCUUGGAGAUCCUUCCAUGGAGGGGUGGGGCUUGCAGCUGCUCCACUCAGCAACGGACCCAACACCAGCUGGCUUUGAAGACCCACACAGAGGUGCUGCUCAUGUGCUACUGAUGGAGUAGGUGCUCUCUUGCCCACCAGCCCCCCCCGCCAAACGGUCAUACGAAUGGGCCUCCUGCCCUUUGCAGCUAGGAGUUGCCAACUUUAUAACUAGCAGGACUCCUCUGCCUUUAACACCAGCUUGGCAGACAGAUAUUUAGCAUGGAAAGAUGCUCCCAUCCAUUCCUCUCCACACUCCUCCUGACCUGAGAAAACCCUGCCUAUUCAGGCCGUCACUAAAAGCACAGGAGCCUCGCGAGGAGGAAGAGUUGGCAGUCUAAUCAGCAGCUGCUCAUCAUGAUUGCUGUCUCUCUUUCCCCAGGCGGUAAGGUUUUUAUCCUCAGCUGGGCACACAACAUGGGAGGCAAGUCAGGAAGAGAACGAGUGAAUGCUGGAUGUUCUCAAAUACCUCACCAUCACCUUGAUGCUCUGGUUAUGCUCCUGCACGAAAUGUUCAAGGCACAGGCAGUCUUGAAGCCCUUCUCUUGAUUGUGAAAGAUUUCUUUUGAAAGGAAAUGGAAACGUCGUAUCCACAGGGACUGCAGCGCUGGGUGACAGGGAGUGAUUCCAAACUGCAUGUGACAAAGUGCCUCGGCUAAUUUUACUUUCCAACCCCAUGACUUUAAUUCUUAAGUGAUUCUUCCAGACCAAGGACAGUUGCACUCAGAAAAAAAGAACACCUAGCCGA